AAUAGCUUAUACCCGGUAGUUGCCUAUAUAAUAAUAUAGGAUAUUCUACGCCCAGAAAGCAGACGAGGUAGGCGUCUGAAAUCAUUGCAAGCUUUGUUUCAGAGAAUUUUAUUUUUCACUAGGUCCAGCCAACAUUUUCAGCACAAGAGAUGAUCCGUCGCCAAGACACAUUACGUCGUCACAUGGAAACAGCUGGUCUUGACGCAUGCGUGUUUACGUCUCAUCACAAUGUUUUUUAUUUUAGUGAUUUUCUUUACUGUAAAUUUGGUAGAAAUUAUGGUUAUAUUGUGACAAAGGAGAAAGCGAUCAGUGUUUCUGCAUGUAAGUAGCUAUAACAUCGAGGAAUUGUAAAAUAACCCCUCACCUUACCAGUUACUUUACUUGAUUUAAAUUAAAUUAACCUUAUUGGUGCAGACCUCAGUCUGUUCUAUGUUAGCAUGCAGUGAAGAUUAAUAACUUACGGACCGGAGUGAGGGAUGUACGGGAAAAUAUCAAACCGAAAUCUUGCUAAACUGACCAAUUGCUGAGCGUUAGUGAGGUGAAUACAACAAGACCGAGGUUUGCCAAUACAUAUUUGUUAUAUGGCAUUGUUGUGUAGUUGCAAAAAAUGAAAAACAUGGUCACGCGAGGGCGUUUAAGUCAAAGAGUCAAUUGUAAAAAUUCUUCUCUUAGUUAUAUGGUGAAACUAUACGCUUUUAUAGAAUAUGAAUUAACAGAGUUUUGGACAAUAUUUGGCAAUCAAAAUUUCACAGCUCAGUCAUUGUAUAAAAUGACCUUCCUCGUCAGUAAAAAUCUGGCUCAUUCAAUAGAUGGCAGCCGCCAUAUCAGUGAGAUAACCACACAUCAAUGCCACCCAUGCAUAGCCAUGCGCCCACGAACAUUGAUGAACUUUUUGAUCCGCUAGCUUCUCUUUUUGCACGUGUGAAUAGUCCGCUCCUCUCGGGGAUUACAGGAGAAACCCGAUGAAAACAGUUGGAAGUUGACUCCUCUCACAUUCAACUGAGCUUGAGGCUAAAUCAAUUGGACUUCGGCGGCGCAAGCGUCAGAGCAAGCUAGUAAGCACGUUUCACCCAUAGAAACACUAAAUCUUUCACCUCUGAGAUUGUGCGACCUCCGACAUUCUUUGCUGCCUGAAAUGCAAAUUUAAGGUUAUAUACUGAACAAUCAUGAUUCCCUGUUACGCGGUUUGAAGCAGCACGUUUUUGUGAGUGGUUGGGUAAGACAAAUCUUCGCCACAACUUAAUAGACUUCCAAGAGACACCUGAUGCUUCGUAACAUCCUUGUAUGUGAAGUUCUAAAUUUCUCUAAAAAGACCCUGUGAAAUGCGCUUUUUCGAUCUGACCAAGCUCACUGCCCAAACAGAAAGCUCCUAUCCCCAUUCAUUCGGCUCCCUAUAGUGGGUAAAUAUUCUCUGUUAAGGUAUUGAAUAUGGUCAACCAUGGCGACGAACAUUUGGAGACAAUAUUGUUUAUACAGACUGGCACAAAGAUAAUUUUUUCCAUGCAGUAAAACAGGAGGUAGUAUUUAAAGCACGACUGUAAUUACUUCAAAUGCGAGGGCGUAACCCAGCAUCUCAUACUAAAUUGGCAAAAUUAAGCCAAAAAUGACCAACUUGUAUGUCCAAAACCAUUUUCCAAUUCAUUGGAAGAAGUAAUGCAACAACAAGGUCGUCGGAAGCGGGGGGGGGGCUGGGGAGGGGGAUUGAGGCCCCCAAUAAUUUCUAUUUGUGCAGGUAUAAGCAAAACACACAAAAGAACUAGAAAAGUGCGAAAGCAAUUCAGAUUUUUAUCAGACCCCCCCCCCACCCCCCGACAGCCUUGUCUAAUUUAAAUUGCAAUUUUGUAAUAAGUCCACUAUUGUAUGUUGGUUUGUAACAAAUUUAUACGUGUGGACACUAACAAACAAAUAAUGUUUUAUAGCUUGGUGAUGUGAAAAAUAUUGGACUUGAAUUUGAUGUUGUCUCACUUGACGAGUAUCGGAAGUUUUCCGAUGCUUUUCCGAACACAAACUUUCAAGAUGUGGGCGAGUCUGCAAUGUGCAUGCGCCUGAUCAAAUCCGAUGAAGAACUGGAAUUAAUAAGACAAGGUGCAAGGAUUGCUGACCUUGGUGCGGAAGCGGCCAAGAAAAUGAUCAGAGAGGGUACUAGGGAAUAUGAGGUGGCCCUUGUGGGAACUGAAGUUAUGGUCAAAGAAAUAGCGAAAACAUACCGUCAUCAUGAACUAAGGGAUAGUAAGUGGUUUAUACAUGUUCAUUUAUGUGUUAACUUAUUUAUUAAGGAUUUAAUUAACACAUAUAGAGUGCAAGAGCUAGGAUAAUGGCCACAGAGACAAUUAAAUUCGUAGAAUGCUUGAGGGACUUGAGAGAAAGUGGCUCCCUGCAGUUCUCUAAAAUUUUAAAUGAAUAUUUUAGGUAACCUUCGUUUUCAACGAAAUUGAUAUUGAAUAAACUUAAGCCAGGGCAAUAUAAUAAUUUCCAGGAAAGUUCAGAAGUCUUGAACUGUCGAUAUAUAUACCAAUAGGAGCAAAUUGUUAGUGUUGCCAUGGCAACCAUGGACUUUUUAAUCAUGGAACCAAGAUAGACGAGGUUGUUUGGUCAUGAUCUUUAUCUGAAUAGUUUUCCUGCCCAUGCACGCCUCUAUUUUCCGGCCAAUUGGAAAACCGCCAGUCACACAGGAUAUCCGGCCUGAAUAACCGCGUGUUUGUUCGAUCAAUUUUCUGUUCACAAUGAUGGGAGGUGCAUACUUUAACCUUUCGCUCAUGUUUUAUUGCCUAGCUUGGCUAAUGCUACAGUCGGGUAUUAACUCCGAUGGAGGUCACAAUUCACCAACGAGUCGACAGCUAGAGAAAGGAGACAUCAUGGUUAUGAAUUCCUUCCCUAUGCCUGCAGGGUAAGAACGACUAAUACAGUAGCCAGGCUAACCUAAUAAUAUUUCUUUUUUUUAAAGGACGGGUGCAUUCUCUAGUUUCGUCUUGAUGUUUCAACACUAAAGAAAUAGUGUAAAUUGUGAACAAUUUAGACAGAACUGUUAUCGCUAUGAUAAAGUUGGUUCUGUUUUGGUUUGAUUGUACCAGACACCGCAGGUUUUCGCUUCAUACCCCGGUAGUCUUCCUGUAUAACACUGGAUCAAUAAGUCAAAGCCUUUAUAGGACCUUUAGAGAGAACAGUACAUAACUGUUAAGAGCUAGAGUAUCCAGUGCAUAUAGUCUAGUUUAAAAACACAAUUUCAACACUCUCAAGCCAAUUUCUCUUUUCUCUAGUUACCACUCCGCGGUCGAGCGCACAUUAUUCUUGGGCCACGUACCAAGCGAUCGUCACAUGGAGUUAUGGGAAAUAAACUGCAAAGUACAUCGGCGAGGACUGGAACUAAUAAAGCCUGGAGCGAGAUGUUGCGACAUCGCUAACGAACUGAACGAAAUUUAUCUGGAGCACGAUCUUCUUAAAUAUCGCACAUUCGGAUAUGGUCAUUCGUUCGGCGUGCUUGCGCAUUAUUAUGGCCGUGAGGCCGGAUUAGAAUUGCGUGAGCACGUUGAGGCAGUCUUGGAGCCUAACAUGGUGCUCUCAAUGGAGCCGCAUAUUACAAUACCGCAGGGAGAGCCUGGGGCGGGUGGUUAUAGGGAGCACGAUGUCUUGAUAGUACAUGAUCAUGGUAGUGAGAACAUUACGAAGUUUCCUUUUGGACCUGAGUAUAAUAUUGUAAAUAACUGAUUUCUUUGAACUGCUUUAGUGUUUUUGAAUCUUUGUCCUAAGGGCUGUUAUCAACGGCAAUUUUUAAAAGCCGAUAUAGGUUUCUAGUGUGUCCCUAGCCUUUCUGUUUUAUGUAUUACUGUAGAGUAAAAAAUUGUAAAUGUAUGGGCGAACACAAAUAAAACAAAAAAUCAC